AUGUCUCCCAGCGUUGCCAUUAUCGGUGGUGGGCCAUGUGGCUUGACCUUAGCACGCCUUCUGGAGCGCAAAGGCAUCGACUACGUGGUCUAUGAGCGCGAUAAAUCCGACGUUUCUGUUCGCAGAGGAGGCAGCCUGGAUAUUCAUGCUGGGACCGGACAGCUUGCAUUGAAAGAAGCAGGACUUUUCGAAGAGUUCUUGAAAUAUGCGAGAUACGAAGAUACUGUGUUUAGAAUUGCAAACCAGCGAGGAGAGCGAGUCUUUCAACCUCCGGAAGGCGGACGACGUGAUGCGCCUGAGAUUGAUCGCAUACAGCUGCGUCAGAUUCUAGUAGACUCUAUUCCGAGUGAGAAAAUCCGAUGGAAUCAUGUGCUCAAGAGUGUAACCACGGAUAAGGAUGGACGCCAUGUGCUUGAGUUUACAAAUGGUGCAUCGGUUUCUGGAUUCAAGCUAGUGGUUGGUGCAGAUGGGGCCUGGAGCAAAGUGCGAGCAUCGAUUACACAAGCAAAGCCAAUAUACUCGGGCAAUCACUACAUCGAAUCGAGAAUAAACCCAGGCAACCCUCUUCACCCUACAAUGGUUUCGAAAGUUGGCCAUGGCAGUUUGGCGUGUCUGGGUUCUUCAAAGGAGAUCGUUACUCAACGUCAAAGUGACGGCUCUUACAGGAUUUAUCUCGGUAUUACGGUCCCUGAAGACUUUGUGCGAGGUGGCACUGUGGACUUGACUGAUACCGAGUCCGCCCGUCAAUUAUUUCUCUCUUCGGAAUUCUUCGAGGACUGGGCAGAUGAGCUAAAAGAUAUGAUUCGUCAUUCGGAAGACUUUCGUCCCUGGUCUUUGUACUACAUGCCUCCUGAAGCCAUGAGCUGGAAGUCUGUGGCUGGCCUGACAUUGGCUGGAGAUGCAGCCCACGUCGCAACUCCCAAUGGUGAAGGUGUAAACUGCGCCAUGGCAGAUGCACUCUCUCUGGCCACAAAGAUUGCAGCCCAUGGCACAGAUGAUAUUGAUCGUGCCGUUGUCGAGUAUGAAGAGGAUAUGUUCAAACGCGCAGUGGAGCAUAUCAACGACGGUCUAAAAAUGGGAGCCCUGAUGAGACACAAAGACGGCCCGGUUGCUCUCAUUUCUUUUUUUAAGACGGCCAUAGAGCAUGCAGCACAAUCUGCUUGA